CUCCGGGAGCCGGGGAUACCGGAGGCGGGGACUGAGCGGAGCUGGAGCAAUGAGGAGAUGAAAUCUAAAGUGAUUUACAGCUGAAGAACGGGGGCUGGAACCACUGGACAUCAGAUGAAUAUAUAUCCCGCACACCGAAACUUUUUUGGGCACUGACGGCAUCGUGCAAGGCGCAACUAUCAGCGGGGUAGCUUUGUAUGAAGAAUUAGAAAACAUGAUGGCAAAUAUUCUGAUUCUGAUUGGGAUAAUAACCAUGUCGUUGACGUUUUGGGUUGUGUCCAUGACAGCAAGCAGCUAUUAUGAUAAUCUACGACCUGUGUCACCCUGGCGAUGGAUGUUUUCGGUGCUAGUUCCACUGAUUAUUACUUCACACGCACUAAAGAACAAGAGUCUUGACUACAGUGGAGCAAUUGGAGCUCUGCUUGUUGGAAUCAUCCUCACAGUUGCCAACUUCAGUUUCUUUUCUGCAUUGCUAACUUUUUUUGUUAGCUCAUCCAAACUUACAAAAUGGAAGGCAGAAGCAAAGAAGCGUUUGGAUGCAGAAUAUAAGGAAGGGGGCCAGAGGAACUGGUUACAAGUAUUCUGUAAUGGCGGUAUUCCUACAGAAAUCGCCUUGCUUUAUAUGAUUGAAAAUGGGCCCGGAGAAAUCGCAAUUAAUUUUUCAAAACAGUACACUGCCUCUUGGAUGUGUCUGUCCCUCCUGGGUGCUCUGGCUUGCAGCUCAGGAGAUACAUGGUCAUCAGAGGUAGGAAGUGUGGCUAGCAAGAGGCAACCAAGGCUGAUAACCACUUGGGAAAAGGUACCCAUUGGUACAAAUGGAGGAGUCACUUUUGUGGGUCUUGUAGCAAGUAUACUUGGUGGAACAGUUGUUGGCUUAGCUUACCUACUAACUCAGUUUAUGUUUGUGGAGGAUCUGGAUCUUUCACCACCUCAGUGGCCAAUUGUUUUAUAUGGUGCCGUGGCAGGUUUCCUCGGUUCCAUUUUGGACUCCUAUCUCGGUGCCAUAAUGCAGUAUUCAGGUUUUGAUGAAGACAGUGGAAUGGUUAUUAAUCACAUUACUCCAACUGCAAAGCACAUAUCAGGGAAACCUAUCCUGGAUAACAAUGCUGUGAAUCUCUUCUCUACCAUCCUUAUUGCUCUGCUAUUGCCAGGAAUAACCUGGCCUAUGUGGCCAAGAAAACUAACAAUAUAGAAAGGUGCGAGAUGAGCAUCUAUUAAUGCAGUAUUCCCAUAACAGUUCAUGCUACUUUGAAUAAUGAACAUGCACUAAUAUACUUUUUAAGAGCUGAAUUUAGUUGUUGAAAUGAAUUCUCGGGAUCAUAACGUGAAGGUUUAGUUAUUGCAACCUUGGACAAAUUACAUGAUUCACUCAAAUCUUUUGUGUAUUACUUCUCUGUGAUCUAUGCUUAUUAUGAUUUUAGAGAGGUUUGUAAGUGGGUCAUAGAUGGGAUAGAAAGAAUGCUUUUCCCCAGGAAAAGGGAAUCCAAAACUAGAGGGCAGAGGUUUAUGGUUAGAGGAAGAAAUUUAAAAGAUCUAAGUGGCAGGUUUUUCAGAGGUUGGUGGUUAUAUCAGCUGCCAGAUGAAGAGGUACAGGUAGAUACAAGUAUGUUUAAGACCAUUUGGACAAGUACUUGGAUAGGAAAGAAGUAGACUAUUAUGGACCUAAAGCAGACAAAUGAGAUUUGUGCACAUAGGCAUCAUGGUCGAUGUGGACAGGUUGGUCCAUAGAGCUGUUGCAGCUCCAAGACUAUUAUUAAACAUAGUCUCAUCAUUCCUGAGGCAUAGAAGCACAGAGCUCCCACGGGAAAACAAAAUGAUGGACACCACUAAAAAUCUUUCUUUUGUAAAAGCAUUGACAUUAACAUGAGUGGCCUUGACCUGUUCCAAAACUACAGUUCAGAAAGCUUUUAAAAAUAGCUUGGUAAGAGGCGGUGGAGGAGAGGUGGAUUCUGAGCAAGGUAGACAAGCUGGGAUUAUCACUUGUUUCCACACUAACUUUCAUUCUAAUGAUUAUGUAAAUUAAAGGCCUUCCAAAUCUCACUUGCCCAAUUGUGUAUGUAAUAGAAUCGCAAGAGACUGCUGGAAUCUGAAGCGAAAACGAACUGUUGGAGGGACUUAGUGGAUCGAGCAACAUCUAUGAGGGGAGAGAAAUUGUUGGCCUUUCGGGUCAAAACCUGGACCUGGAAUGUGGACCCAAGUCCUAAUGUAGGAUCUCGACCCGAAACGGCGACAGUUUUCCUCCUGUCCCACUGAGACGCUGCUAGACUAACGGAGUUGGUUUUUGGUGUAUAAUAAAUUGACACGGCUCUUUUGCUAUUAGAGUCAUUGCUGCUGAAAUUGGUGAGAUUGAGAGAAUUUCUGAGGUUUUGCACUUAUCACCCAGAGUUCAGCGCUGCUCUCAUUCCAUAUCAUUAAGCCUGCCCUAAUUAGAGAGAGUGAAUAUACGGGACUGUUUCCUGAAGUUUUAGGCAGGAGAUUCCCUCGCACAUAGACACCACUGGAGAGGGCUGUGGAGAAAUAUGCAAUGUUUACUAAUGCCUGCAGUGAAUGAGCUCAUGAGUAUGUGGAUCAGUAGAUAACAAAUCCCACAGAUAAAGAGGACUGUGCUUUAAAAAAAAUGUAUAUUGACAUUCCUUUUGAAGAUGCUUCUGUUAAAACAGAAAUGCUUUGCAUUUUGUAAUAAUUCUUACUUUAUAAAAGUAUUUUAUUUGCACGUAAGAUGAUUUGUCUGUAUAGAGUUUGUACUUUCUCCCUGUGACCGCAUGGGUUUUCUCCGGGUGUUCCAGUUUCUCCUUGCACUCCAAAAGGUUUGUAGGUAGUUACAGGUUUGUAGGUUAAUUGACUUUGAUAAAAUUGUAAAUUCUCCCCAAGUGUAGGAUAGUGUUAAUGUAAAGGGUAAUUGUUGGUCAGCGCUGACUCGGAGGGCCUGUUUCGUGCUGUAUCUAUAAAGUCUAAAAAGCUUAGUUGGUUGAGAGGGCCAGCAGCAUCUCAAUGUAUUAUUUCUUUCCAAAAACUAACAUCCAUCAAUACAUCACUCCCUCAAUAAGAUUCUCAAUUGUCAAAAAAUAUUUUCUCCAAUUUCUUAAUUCAAAAUGUUCUGAAUCCAAAACUUCCCAAUUGAAAUGGCUAAUCCAAUUUAAUUCAGAUAAACCAAGGAUGAAGAAAAAUUAACAUGAAAUAUCCUGAUAAAUUGCUAUUUUUAUUGAAUUAUGUUCAAAAACGAUUGUUGUCAUUAGAUUUCUAUGUUCUAUGAUGUGUUCAUAACUAGUUUCUGUAACCUUUUAUUUAACUAAAUUGAUAUGUACAAAUUUUGUUCAUGACAAUUGCUGUAAACUGUAAAAUAUGUUUGAAUACUUAAUGUAUAUCUUCAGAUGUGUGCAAUUUUCCUACUUUUUAGUUAUAGCUAUUAUGUUUUAUUUGUGCAAUCACAGAUAUAAUUUUGCUUAUCUGAAAUAAUACAGAUCAACACUUACCUAUGUCCCUUGGUUUUAUGUGGCUGAAAUUGUAGCACUUAAUGUAUCACUUAAGAUGCCAUUCACCCCUUGUGUCUGCAAAGCUUAAUUUUCCACCGCAGCUAUACCCUGUCCAUGACUUGUAUCUUGAUAUUUCUUCCUUUCAUAUAAUUCUUCAAUUUCUAUUUCUUAUAAAAUACAUCAGAACAAUUAUUUUUAUCUUUUAUGUGAAUACUGAUCUUUCAAACUUUUUUUGUAGUAAUCUGGAGAAUAUUAAUGUAUCAAGUAACAAUUCACCAACCAUCGUUGACCUACUACAGUGCACAGAUUUCUUGACUGCUUGUCAUCUCUUUCCUGCACUUCUGUUCUCACCCUAUCUCCAGCCACACAUGGCAAGAACCAGGUUCCUCUGGUUCUUGCCUUCCAUGUCACCAGACUCAAUGUUGAACAGAUCAUCUGUUGCAAUUUCUGCCAGUUCCAACUUGAUUGCAAUUUCUACCAGUGUAAAAGAACCUAGAUUUCCAACUAGGUUCAUGAAUAGGCAAGAUUUAGAGAGAUUUAGGCCAAAUGAAGGGGAAUGGAACCAGCUCAGCUGGUUGGCAUCAAUAAGGAAACUUUUCAUAAGUCCAACAGACAGCAUGUUAUCUCCUUGUUCACAAAGACUGAUGAAACCGAAGCACAUGAAUCCUACAGACCUGCAAAAUGGAAAGAUUACUGCCCAACAAGUUCAUGAAUUGGCACGUGACGACAAAGAGAAUAACUGCAAUACUCAGGAGCAGCGACUUUCUGUUGGAAGAAAUGUCAAUUAGUUAUGUUUAGGGUGGUUGAGAGAGUAGAAUAAAAUGUAGCGCUUUUAGUGCUAUUUGCGGAGGACGAAUGCAUAAUCUUCGCUCUAUUAAUUUAGAUUUGCUGAUGUACCUCUUUGGGACUAUAUACACUACACUGGAUAUUUUUAUUUAAGUAAAAAAAAAUCAAGAUUGUGGGAUAAGAAGAAAUGUUGCACUUUCACUUUGUCAUUUAAUGUACAGCAGUUUUAUUGAUCAAAACUAAAUGCUUUAUAUCUGGUUGCAUUCGAUUUAAGAGCUUGAAUAAAAUGUUCAAUAUCAUUA